UUCAAGCUUAAUUUAUUUAAGUUUAUCAAAAUCAACAUUGUUACAAGAGAUUCUCGUGCUUUUUUAUGCAAUAUGUUGCUGAAAAAUGAUUUGCGUUUUGUUUAUGCUUUCCGUGUUUUAGGUUUUCAGCGUUUGCCUUUUGUUUUUUUCGUAUGAUGAAGAUAUAUUUACAUGAUUUCUUGUAAUAUUAGCAUGGAUGUAUAACUAGAUUUUGUGCUAGUUAUGGCCUCUGCUAUGUAGUCAGUAGUGCGCUAUAGUGGUGGACCGGAGUGGCCGCCAACUUGAAAUGUGUAGUGUAGCGGAAUAGUUUGAAGUAUUGCAUGACUAUAAAGAUCGAGUCAUCCCGUCAUGUGCUAAUUCACUCUAGCGUUUCGAAGAUCUGCAGCUAUGUGGCACUGUUAACUAUGAUCACAAAUGUUCUAAGCUUUCUCAUGGAAAUGAAAGAACAUCACUCGGUUGCACCGAAAAAAUCAAACCUUACACCGAAGGCUAUAAUACACCAAAAGUUUGGCAAAACAGCUUGCUACACGGUAGAGGCGGUGAAGGAGGUUUCUCAAACUGAAUGUCCGGGGUUAUGCAUUCCACAGACGGGACCCUGCCUUUACCGUUGCACAUUGAAGCUUCCAGAACUUAUGGUUGUGUCGGGGACAUUUACAAAAAAGAAGGAUGCAGAACAAUCUGCAGCAGAGAUAGCUUUAGAGAAGCUUAGUAUCAUUCCAGAGACCAUUGAUCUUACGCCUCAGGAAGCACAGGAAAGUUUAGUUGCUCGAAUCGCCUAUCUGUUUUCAGAAAAAUUUCUUUCAACUGAUCAUCCACUCGGUGGUCACAUUCGAGCUACCUUAAGAAGGAAAGGCAAUCAUUGUGGAUCGAUUCCUGUUUCUGUCAUUGCUGUCAGUGACCCAAAGAUUUUUAGUUUGUGUAAAUGUAUUAAUCCUGAGGUGGAGUCAAAUCCAUUUUUGGUCCUUCCAUACAUAGUAAAGGGUGCUACAAAGUUACAUGAGUUUCUUACUACCUCUGAACAACAUAUUUGGAUUAAAAAGCUUUGUCCAUAUCCGCAAGAUAUUAUAGAGUCAUUAUUGAAAGAAGGUGGUUCAGAAGAAUGCAUUCAGGUUAAGGCCAUACGCAUUCCUAGUUCAAUGGAAAAAUGUGUUGAAGCUGUGACUCUCUGUAUGUCUUUAAGAGAGUACUACCUUGAUAUCAUUGCAAAUGAACUUGGUUUAGAAGAUGGUGCCAAUGUUCUGAUUUCAAGGAAUAUAGGUAAAGCUUCUUCUGAGACGAGACUGUUCUUUGCUGCUCCACAAUCAUAUCUACUGGAUCGGUCUUUUAUAUCGGGAAAUGGAAAAGAAACCAUUCGAUUUGAGGGAUCUCUAAAUGAAAGGGCAAGAUACUUGUCUGGGCAAGAUAUGGUUGGUGAUGCAAUAUUAGCAUGCAUUGGAUAUACGCGGAAAUCUAGAGAUCUUUUCUAUGAGGAUGUAACAGUUCAAUUGUAUCACAGGAUGCUUCUAGGGAAGACUCCAGGGGGCAUUUACAAGCUAUCCAGAGAAGCAAUACUCACAGCUGAGCUGCCUUCAAAAUUUACCACGAGAGUUAACUGGAGGGGUUCCCUUCCCAGGGAUAUACUUAGUAUGUUUUGCCGCCAGCAUCGCCUAUCCGAACCUGUCUUUUCCAUUAUAAGUCAUCCUUUCAAAAUACUAACGGAAUCAUCUGAAUCAAGUUUUAAGGCUGCAGACUUGGGAACUGAUGUAAUUGAAUGUGCCAAUGGGACCUCUGUAAAUGCAUGUCCAAAGAAAUCAAAUUCAGAGAUGUUUAAAUGUGAAAUAAAGUUGCUUUCAAGGUGUAAGGAUGUAAUACUUUUGUGUUCCCCUGAGGAUUGUUAUAAGAAGCAGAAUGACGCAAUUCAGAAUGCCUCAUUGAAACUUCUGUCAUGGCUGAACACGUAUUUUAAUAGUGUAACUAUUCCUUUUGACCAGCUUUAUGAGACUGCAUGCAACUUCAGCAUUCACAUUUUUUCCAAAAACCUUUUCGGAGAGAUUUUAAUCGGUCAAUCCAUUCAGAAUUGCCAGAUUUAUGCAAUGCAGUGCAAUAAAAUACUUGAACCAAUGUGUACAACUUCAUCACAUGACAUGUCAGGAAAUGGGGUUUGCAACUUAAAGAUUGAAGGUCCAGACUCUGGUGUCUGUCCAUGCAAUGGAUCUUUACCUUGUAUUAAUUAUUCAGUAUAUUUGGUUGUGGAUGGUGAAAAUAACAAAGAAGUUAUUGAAGUUUGUAAUGAGUUUGAGUUUGAAAUCGGGGUUGGUGCUGUGAUUUCUUACGUUGAGGAGGUUGUGAUGCAGAUGUCUGUUGGCCAGUAUGCUUAUUUCAAAACGAACUUGCUCACUUUUGAUUUGAUUUUUGCUUCAGCUGGUGAUUCAGCCAAAAUGUUGUCCUUAUUAUCUUCUAAGGCCUGCUGUGUGGAGUAUGAAAUAAGUUUGACCAAAGUUGCAGAACCUCCAGAGGAAAGAAUGGAGCAGGCUUUUUUUAGCCCUCCACUUUCCAAGCAAAGAGUGGAAUUUGCAGUGCAACACAUUUUAGAAUCCCAUGCUACUACUUUGGUUGAUUUUGGAUGCGGAUCUGGAAGCUUGUUGGAAGCAUUGCUAAAUUACACAACUUCGUUGGAGAAAAUUGCUGGUGUUGAUAUUUCACAGAAGGGUCUUACACGUGCUGCAAAGGUGCUAAAUUCAAAAUUAGAUGCAAAUCCAGAUGCUGUUGUGACAAGUAAACCCAUAAAAUCAGUUAUUCUUUAUGAAGGUUCAAUUACAAAUUUUGAUUCCAGGUUGCAUGGGUUUGAUAUUGGUACUUGUUUAGAGGUGAUUGAACAUAUGGAUGAAGAUCAAGCUUGUCUCUUUGGGGAUGUGGCAUUAAGUUGUUUUCGUCCAAGGAUUCUCAUCGUUUCUACACCAAAUUUCGAAUACAACGUAGUGCUACAGAGGUCGAAGCCUCCUACCCAAGAAGAAGAAUUGGACGGGCAAAACCUCUUACAGUCAUGCAAGUUUCGCAAUAAUGACCAUAAAUUUGAGUGGACCAGAGAACAGUUCAUACAGUGGGCAUCUGACGUGGCUGCACGUCACAAUUACAAUGUGGAAUUCAGUGGGGUAGGUGGUUCUGCUGAUGCUGAACCAGGUUUUGCUUCACAGAUUGCCGUGUUUAAAAGAGAAUGGAGUCAUGAAGAUGAUGGCCAGAAGCAUACUGAUAUAGAGAACCAUUAUAAUGUAAUAUGGGAAUGGAAUAGCAAAAGCAAAUAACUUUCCUUUUUCUUUAAAAGAAGCUAACAGAAUGAGACGUGUACAGUUCUGAUUGCAUGGCUUGCAUAUAGACAAGCAAAAGUAUAAUGGAUGCUAGGAGAUAAGAGAAAAAAGUGUUGAUAGGUUAAGUUAAGGCAUGGAUUUGGUUAGAUCAUGUUUUGUGACUUUUGAUCUGUGACCGUUGAGAGUCUGAAAUUAAUUGAAGGAUAUAUAUGUUCUGAGAUAUUUUGUUGAGUUGGAUGUUAGGGUCUUCCCCUAGAGUAACAUGAACCCCUAGAGUGACAUGAAGUUUUAAAGAAUAGUAGCACAGUUUCUGGAAUAGACAUGCUGGUUUUGUAUGGUAGAAUCCUUAUACACAAAAACAAUGUUUUGGUUAUACUUUGCCUUUAUCAAAACAGGAGAUCGUGUUUUAGUUA